GACGUUUGACGACUUUUUUUUGUUUGAUUAUCUGAAAUGUCAUAAGCAAACAAUAAAAAAGAAAGAAAACAAAUAUUUGUACACAUCAAAGUCAAAGGAUGAUUUCGAUUUUCUCAAUCGUCUGGAUCUUAUCAAUUGUCAACUGUAUUCGAGCUGAUCAAUGUCAGCAGACAAGUCCGUGUCGAUGUAAUUACGAAAAUGGAUUCGGCUACGAUUUACAAGCACUUGAAAAGGUAGAGUUUGAGGCGUUUGUGCCCAACAUCACUGGCAUUUCAUACAUAUUGAGCCUAUGCAGCGACAGUACCAUUCGACCGGAUUUCAAACCAAUUAACGUCAGCACUUGCGAUCCGGGCUACGGGAUCUGCCUAUACAAUGCAGAAGCGGAUAACCUUACACUAUUGGCAAAUAACAAAGACGCUGCCUUGAAAGUAGAUACUGAUGGUACGGUGUAUCUUGCUUACACUCAUCAAGCUGUGGUCACGACAGUUUCGCUGAUUUGCACAGAUGUCGAGCGGAAUUAUUUUUUCGUGGAUGGCAACUCGUCUGGGCAAGCUAAUCUGGCACUGUUCUCCAAGCAUGCAUGCAAACAGGAAUUGUUCACUGUGUCAACGUUAAGCACUGGAGCUGUGCUCAAUAUAACAUUUCUUGUCAUCGUCUUUGCGUACCUAGUCGUUGGAGUGUUGGUAGACUAUUUUCUAAUGGGAGCCCGAGGCAUCGAGGUCAUUCCACACUUAGCGUUUUGGAAAGAUUUCCCAUUUUUAGUUAGGGACGGAAUCAAAUUUGUGCAGAGUGGCUGCAAAAUCCAACCGAGUGAUCUGUCGGAGAACCGCGAUAUUUACACGUCGAUAUAAAUAGAGAGAGAGAGAGAGAGAGAAAGGAGUGAACAUGGGGCAACCGGGAAGGCUAUUUUGUGAAUAAUUUUUUUCAUUGUUUUAAGGUUUGACUCAAAUCUAUCGAGACUGAAACACGUUUGUCGUAAGCAGCCUGAAUACACCUUGUGCCACACACUCAACGGGAUUGAGUGUACGGCGUAAGUUGUAUUCAGGCUGUUUAGUUUGUCGUAGGUAAAUUAUUAUUCAAUUUCUGUGUACAUUUUUCAGAUCAAAUAAAAAUUAAAAGAAUACGGCCA